AUGUAUCCAGACUGGCCUGAGUCUGCCUCCGACUUGGUGCCGCUCCCGCUCUGCGAUGGUCCCAAGCUGGAGCCUUUUGACUUUCAAGGUCCCCAGAAGAUGGAAUUCCUCGAGUACAUUGGAGAAGGUGCCCAUGCGCAUGUCUUCAAGUUUAGAUUCGUCUACGACGAUGAUUGGCCAUCCCCGGUAAACAAAUGGGACUCGGACGAUAGAGACGCUUUCGCCUCUCUUGCCAACUACGCGGAGCCGUUCAACAGUGAAUGUCGGGCCUACGGCCGCCUCAGGGAAGCCGACUGCGAACACCUAGCCAACAGGUGCUUUGGCUAUCUUUUGCUGGAAAAGGCGAACGAACGGGCCAUGAUGAGCCAGUUCAAAGAUCACAGGAUCAAAUUCAACGGCAACAUCUUGUUUCCUGAAGGCAUGGAUAUGCGAGGCCGGUUUCUAGGUAAAGAUGGGAGGCCACCACCAAUCCAGGGCAUCGUCAAGGAGUUCGGCCAGCCCGAGAAAGAGCUGAGCAUGAGAACUCUGCGCAGCAUUCUCAAGGACGUGAUACAGAUGCAGCAGCUUGGCAUCAUCAGGCUGGACGUCGCUGAUAGACAGUUCAUCAACGGCAAGAUGGCCGACUUUAGCACCGCCAUCACGUUCCCGCACUUCAUCACCAGUCCCGAGCUGAACCCACACCUCACACCCGAGAUGGUGUCUACCAUGGAACUAGAGACUCUUCUGUUCAGCCGCAAAGACUAUGAAGAAUUCGACCAGAUGGUGGGGAUGUGGAACUACGAAAACCCCAGCCAUCAACGCUCCUUCUUCUCGCUGCCUGGGGGGAUGACGGGUUGA